AUGAAUAAUAAUCAAAUUGAGAUUGAUCUUAGUCAACUUCGAGAUCCAUCAGGAAUAUUUGAAUUGAUCGAAGUUGUUGGAAAUGGAACAUAUGGACAAGUUUAUAAAGGUCGCCAUACUAAAACAGGUCAAUUAGCUGCUAUCAAAGUCAUGGAUGUUACAGAAGAUGAAGAAGAAGAAAUUAAAUUAGAAGUUAAUGUUUUGAAAAAAUAUUCAAAUCAUCGAAAUAUUGCUAUGUAUUAUGGGGCAUUUAUUAAUAAAUCUUUACCAGGAAGAAAUGAACAUGAUCAAUUAUGGUUGGUGAUGGAAUAUUGUGGGGCUGGCUCAAUAACCGAUUUAGUUAAAUCAAGUAAAGGAAAUUCAUUAAAAGAAGAAUGGAUUUCGUUUAUCAGUAAAGAAAUUUUAAAUGGUUUAAAUCAUCUUCAUUUAAAUAAAAUAAUCCAUAGAGAUAUUAAAGGACAAAAUGUUUUACUAACUGAAAAUGCUGAAGUUAAAUUAGUUGAUUUUGGUGUAUCCGCUCAACUUGAUCGAACUAUUGGAAGAAGAAAUACUUUUAUAGGAACACCUUAUUGGAUGGCACCUGAAGUUAUUGCAUGUGAUGAAAAUCCUCAAGCUACAUAUGACAAUAGAAGUGAUAUUUGGUCAUUAGGAAUAACAGCUAUUGAAAUGGCCGAAGGGCAACCACCAUUAUGUGAAAUGCAUCCAAUGCGGGCACUAUUUUUAAUUCCACGAAAUGUUGCACCACGAUUAAAAUCGAAAUGGUCAAAAAAAUUUCAUAAUUUUGUCGAAUCAUGUCUUAUAAAAGAUUAUUUAAUUCGUCCAAAUUGUGAACAACUAUUAAAACAUUCAUUUAUUCGAGAUUGUCAAGAAAAACAAAUAAAACUUCAAAUAAAAGAAUAUUUGGAUAAAACUAGAAAAUUUCGUCGUUCAUCAAAUAAUUCUCAUCAACCAAUUCAUUCAGAUAUUCAACAAGAUAUUCAAUCAAAAUCAGAUGAAGAUGAUCAAGAUGAUCAAGACGACGACGAUGAUGAUGAUAAUGAUGACGAUGAUAAUAAUAAUAAUAGUACUAAUCAUAAUCAUAAUUUACAUAAUCAACAACAACAACAACAACAACUAUUAAAUGAAAAUUUUACACAGAAAGAAAAUAAUUUAAAUACUUUAAGACAAAAUUUUAAAUCGGUUCAGCACAUCGCAACAAAUAUGAAAUCUGAAGAUGAUUCGUCCAUUAUCCAUGUUGGAUAUCCAUGCGUAUCAAAUGGAGCUAUGCUUUUACCAAGAAAAGCUGAUGAAUUAGUUGCUGUUGUUGAAAAAUUAAAUGAAUUAGCUCGAAAUGAUUCUGAUCAAGAUGAACAAGCUGAUAUUGAUGAUUCAUUGAAAGAAAUCAAUUGUACACAAGAUGAAUUUAUUAAUUUAAAUAAUCAAAAAAGAAUUUUACCAGAUCUUUUAUCAAAUCAACCAAUGCAUUUACUCGAUCAAACUCAAUCACAUGAGUAUCGACAAGCUGUUUCAAAUCUUGGUCAACGAACAACAUCAAUACUUUCUUCGCCAAUUCAAAAUCUAAAUAAAGAUUCAAAUCAAAAUAAACGAACUUCUCAAAUUGAUGUAAAUGUUAGUCCUCAUGUUGAUGAAACGAAUGAAUUAAAAUUGCAUGCACCUGAAAUUCGAAAAUAUAAAAAAAGAUUCAAUUGUGAUAUAUUGUGUGCUUCGUUAUGGGGAGUUAAUUUAUUGAUUGGAACAGAAAAUGGUUUAAUGUUACUAGAUAGAAGUGGAGAAGGAAAAGUUUAUUCAUUAAUAAAAGGUCGUCGUUUUCAACAAUUACAUGUUUUAGAAUCUCAAAAUAUUCUUUUAACAAUAAGUGGGAAAAAAAAUAAAAUUCGUCUUUAUUAUUUAUCGUUUUUAAAAAAUAAAAUUGUUAAAAGUCAAACAAAUGAUGGGAAAAGACUUGCUUUUACAAACCUUGGAGAACUUCAAGGAGCAAAACAUUUUAAAAUUGUUAAAUAUGAAAGAAUUAAAUUUUUAAUUGUUGCAUUAGAUGAUUCAAUUGAAGUUUAUGCAUGGGCACCAAAACCUUAUCAUAAAUUUAUGACGUUUAAAGUUUUUUCUCAGUUAACUUAUCGUCCAUUAUUAGUUGAUUUAACCAUUGAAGAAGGUUCACGUUUAAAAGUUAUUUAUGGCUCAUCAUAUGGUUUUCAUGCAAUUGAUCUUGAUACAUCGAAUCAAAUUGAUAUUUAUUUAUCUUCACAAUUAAAUGAUUCAGUUCAACCUCAUGCAAUUAUCGUUCUUCCAAAUACAAAUGGAAUGCAGCUUCUUCUUUGUUAUAAUAAUGAAGGAGUUUAUUGUGACACAUAUGGAAAACGAACAAAAGAUAUUUUAUUACAAUGGGGAGAAUUACCCACUUCAGUUGCUUAUAUAAGUAAUGGAAAAGUAAUGGGUUGGGGAAAUAAAGCUAUUGAAAUUCGAAAUGUCGAUUCAGCUACUUUAGAUGGAGUUUUUAUGCAUAAACGAGCUCAAAAAUUAAAAUAUUUAUGUGAAAAGAAUGAAAAAGUUUUUUUUUCAUCAAUACGAAAUGGUUCAUCAUGUCAGAUUUAUUUUAUGGCUUUGAAUAAAAUGAGUUCUUGGUAA